AUGGCAAGCCCGCAGAUCCAAACUGCAAUCGACAAGGCAGAUGAACUACUCGAGAGCUCUCGUCAGCAAGGCCUUGGGACGACCAUCCGCCGCGACAGAGUCAACAAGGCUCUCUUGACUCUCAACACCGCCGAGUCCCAGUGUGUCAACAAGAUGGACUAUAGUUUACUCCAGCGUCGUCUCUUGACCGCAAAUGCACGCGCCAUUGAGGAGCUACAUGUCGGAGGUCUUGUAAAGCGUGACCUCCAUCAGUUGCUUUAUUUGUUUGAUCAGGCCCUCACUGUCUGGCGCUGGCUGCAUGCCAACGACCAAAUCACCCCUCAAGACGAAGCGACUGUCUCAGAAUUUCACCGUGUACUUUCAGACGUCAUUUUCAGCGAGCACAAGGGUAUUGAGCGACAGGAUUUGCUGCAUGGAGUCCAGCGACAUCUCGACCGCGCAGUCCGAGCCAGCAAGUCAGACUCCUAUAUCCUCGUCCUCUUCUACGAGACCAGCGCUUCUCUUAUCGAGCAUUGCUUCCAAGCAUCGGUUCGCUUGUAUAAUGCGAACAAUUGGGCCAAAGCGAUGAGCCUGCUCAAGUCGAAAGACUCCGAGGUCGACGUAUUGGUAGACCUCGAGGAGAGAAUCAAGACUCAGGGCAUUAUCUACAAAGAAUCUUGGUGCCUCGACUCCCUUCUUGGUUUCAGUCGUGCCCAAGUUCUUCGAGAAGAGACCAAUAUGCAACUUUCGAGAUGCCAGGCCUUUCAGCUACUCCACUCGGGUGACAUUCAUUUCAAAGAGGCGAUGGAAGGCGACCCAGAAGAGGGUGAGACACUCGCAAGGGCACUCCUUGCUCAGGAUGAUUACCGCGUUGCUCUCAACUAUGCAGCAGGAAGCGACAUCGAACUCGAGGGUCUGAUCAUUUCCCGUCUUGCUCGAUUCUUCGCAAAGGUGAUCAAAUUGCCCGUCGUUGCGCACCAGCUCUAUCUUCGAGCAGUCCAGCUUGCAGCCGCACUCGCCCCUACGUUGCCCAAGGGAGAAUGGUAUCAAGAGUGUGUCACCGCCGUCCAGGCGCACCGCGACGCGUUGGCCGCUGCCGAGGCAAAGGAGUGGGAAAAACAACGUGCACCGAUUCUUGAAAAGAUAGCCGACCAGAUCACCAAGUUGAAAGCGGGGGAGAGGAAAACCAACGCCGAGUUUGUCGCUUACAUUUUCAAAGAGUUUCCACCCAAGACCGAAGGUCCAGCCGAGGCGCCAAUCGACAAAGACGAUCCAAGCAAUAUUUCCAAGAAGAACUUUCUCAAGGCCGUCCAAAGGUACCACAGCGACAAGAAUAUGGGCUGGGGUGACGAAUGGCGCGUGCUGAGCGAAGAGAUCUGCAAGGCACUCACCGCCCGAUACAAUACGAUGAAGGGUCUUUGA